AAUAACUGAUAUCUUGUUGAUUCAUUCGUCCACGAUUCCCCUCCCUUGAAACUGAUUGUGAAAUCAUGACCAACAAAUCCCCCAUUUUUCCCAUUCACGAGCCUCACCACUUCAGUGACUACGGUUUCGACCCUCAAAUCCACUACUUUCAGGUUUUAGAAGAAGCCAGGAACCACAAACGUGAAUCUUCUUCAUCAUGGUCAUCCAGAUCCGCCAUUGACAACCUACAUUUCAAGCUUCAAAAACCCAAUUCCAAAGACGACACCAGCAAGAAGAUAAAGAAGACCCGUAAACGUUGGUGGUGGAAAAACGCCCUUCUCUUCUUUAAGCGGAAACGCACGCCCUCCGACGACGACGAUUACCCUCCGUCCUACAACUGCGUCUACGGCGGCGCCGGAGUCCGUGCGUUGUCUGGACCGGUGUACUUGGCCGAAAGCAGAAGCGGCUCUUCCACUCCUUAUCACCGUACCUCCACCAGCCGACCCUCGUCCGGACCACUAGCCGGAACAUUCAAUAUCCCUUACAUUAGCCUCACCGAACUCAACAUGGACCCGACCCGAAAGAUCUCUGCAUCACCCAUGCCCAUUUACUUGGUUACUUGACUUGAAUUCAAGCAUUUACUACUUAUUAAUGUAUGAAAAGAAAUGAUUCAAGUAGAGAUUGGUCGAAAAAUCUGU